AUGAAACGCCACGGGCGGCCCGUCCUUCCGGCCCUCGCCCUCCUCGUGCCUCUCUUCCUCUCACUAACGCAUACAUCCACCGCGCAACAGUAUCCGCUAUGUCCAUUAACGAAGCAGCCGCCGUCGCUUCCUACAGUCCCCUACCGCCGCUGCAUGGAUGCCGCUGCUGCGUCGUGCUGCACCGAUUGCAAGGAGAUUCAGAACGCGCUCGCUGGGGUGUCAGCGAACGUUUCGAUCAUCAUGCCGCAGCUGCUCACGCCUCUAGGACCCAUGAACGAGGUUGACUACUCGGGAACAACGGCAUGCGACUAUCUCUACGGCUUGGACGACUGCCAGUUUCAUCUCGAACAGCUCCUCUGCGCGUUGACCUGUAACCCCGAUUCCGGCAACUACGUGUUCGUGAAGGCCGGCAGACCCAUUCUGCGCGUGUGUCCGACGUACGCGCAAGAAGUGUUUGGGUACUGCAAAGACGUCUCACUGGGCACGGUGCUGGUCGGAGCAGGUUUCCCCACUAAGGAGCUCCUGCUCGGGCGCCUCUUCACUCCACUCCUCCCCAGCUCUCCCCCACUUCUCCCCUUCUCUCCCCCAUUUCUCCCCAUCGCUCAGUGGGCACGGUGCUGGUCGGAGCAGGUUUCCCCACUAAGGAGCUCCUGCUCGGGCGUCUCUUCACUCCUCUCGUGCAAAAGCUCGGCAUUGGGAAUGUCGCCUUCAUCGUUUCCGAGAAAAAUUGCUACAGUGGCCCUGCCGCCCUCCCCGAGCAACCCGCCUGCUGCGACCCGCUAUACGUCCCUAAGGAGUGCCCCUACGGCUCCGUAG